UGCGAUCACACGAAGUGCUGGCAGCUGUCAGUAUGCACAGAUUAGAAUGCUCUGUGUACGUUUUUGGUUAAUCAAACUGAGGAAUAUCAGCCGUUUACCGGUUCGUUUUACUUGAUGUUUAUACCGAACACUUCCGUUAUGUGUUGUAUUAAUAUGUAGCGAUGUCUUAUUCCAGACGCUGAGACAGUGCUUGCUGUUUGCGAAGAUCGGGUGCAUCAAGAUGUCACUGAAGCAGCGAUCAUAUUUGUAUGAUGUAUUAAAGGUUAUGCUUCAUAUGGAGAAUAAAAAUAAGUUGAAGAUCAUCAAAAUGGGCUUUUUACCUUUUUCCCAUCUUUGCGAUGCUACACAGAAAUCAGAACCCUCAGAACCCUUUUCUCAAUGGGGUGUGGUUCAUGUGCCAAACAGCGUUGUCAAGACAAAAUUUGACUAACAACACCUCUGAAACCGACUGUGAGUUUCCUUUCAAGGUCACAGCUUAACAGAAUGAAUCUUGUGCGUCUUCUGAGCCGCCACAAAACCGCCCUGGGGCUCGGCAGCCUCUCUUUGUUUGCCUUGGUCCUCUUGUAUUUGGCUAAAUGCACAUCGGAAACAUUGAAACACUCUGAAUCGGGCUUCCCUCAUCACGCAGAAAAGAGAGAUGAACCCCAACAGCAACAGACCAAGGAGCUGUCUGCUUUCCUCGUCGUUCUCAUCACCACUGGACCCAAAUACACAGAGAGACGGAGCAUCAUUCGCAGCACCUGGCUCGCCAAGCGUGACCCUGACAUUCUCUGUAAGUUUGUGAUUGGGACCAACGGCCUUCUUCCUGAGGACAUCCAGAACCUGAGCCUGGAGAACGCCAGGCACCACGACCUGCUGCUUCUGCCAGAUCUGAAGGACUCCUAUGACAAUCUCACCAGCAAGCUCGUUCACAUGUAUUCCUGGCUGGACCAGCAUGCAGACUACAAGUUUGUCUUAAAGGCUGAUGAUGACACGUUUGCUCGACUUGAUGUAAUCAAGGAAGAGCUGCAGGCUAAGGAACCCAAGAAACUGUACUGGGGGUUCUUCUAUGGUAGGGGAAGGGUUAAAUCUGCAGGGAAGUGGAAAGAAAGCACCUGGGUACUCUGUGACUACUACCUGCCAUAUGCGUUUGGAGGUGGCUAUGUCUUAUCAGCAGAUCUGGCACAUUAUAUCAGGAUCAACCGGGAAUACCUUAAGUUUUGGCAGAGUGAAGAUGUCUCUUUGGGGGCAUGGUUGGGUCCAGUGGAUGUGAAGCGCAUUCAUGACCCCAGAUUUGACACUGAAUUCAAAUCCAGGGGCUGCAAUAAUAAAUACAUUGUGACCCACAAACAGAGCAUUGAGGAUAUGCUGGAGAAGCACCAGACACUGAUCAGAGAAGGGAAACUGUGUAAAGAAGAAGUCAAGCUUCGACUGUCUUAUAUAUACGACUGGAACGUGCCACCUUCUCAGUGCUGCCAAAGGAAAGAUGGCAUUCUUUGAUACUGUUCUGCACUGACGGAAAAUUUUACUCUGAAAGUUGGGUUGAGGCUCCAGUUCAGAUGACAUUAAAACUAUAUAUAAUGAAGACUUUUUAACUUUGUGUGAUGCUAUAACUGUGUUCCUGAUCUUAACAAUGUAACGGUUGAUAUAAUGGACAAUAUCGUCUUUGUUACUGAUAUUCAAGUAUGUAAUGCUUGCUAAACGUAUAGUCGUUUCAUUUAAAUGUUGACACGCAGAGUGUGCUGCUGCUGUUUUGUGUGCUCUUUCAGUUCAGUGUCACUGCUUGCCAAAUAAGCUUUUUAGUGUUUUUAACAGCUACAUUGUGAAGUUGGGAUUUUGUUUUUACUUCUCAGGCCCCACUGUGCAUGGCAUGACAAUUGUAUUCUAUUUAUUUUGCCUGGUUUCCAUUAACUUUCUGGUCAUUUUGAAUAGCAGUACAAAAGUGAAUGGCAAAUGUAGAACAAACCAGUGGGUUGAUUUGAUGAAGACACCUCUGGGUUUUAUAGUGCUGGGACAAACAUGGCUUUCUCAUGUACAAAUAUUCUUUCAAAAUAGAAUGAAAAUAAAAGUAUAAUUCAUACCCUAUUCCAGUAAAAAAAAAAAAAAAUCUGGCAACUCACCAGCUGUCCUUCAAUGUAAAAUGUGCAAUUUUAAUUUCAGACAUUUACCCUUUCAUGCCAUCUUUUUUCAUAGUCAUAAACAGAUUUGCACCAAAUGCAUUUGAAUAACUGUCUAAACUGUGGAAUCUCCCUGGUUAUCAUUAAUCCACUCCAAAUGUCUGGUUCCACAGACCCUGACUGAACUAACGCUAGACUACUUCAUCUAGCGUUACAUUAGAUAACCCAGUUGCGUAUGGCCAGGAUGGCAAAGCUUUGUUUUUAAUGCACAUUGUUCACAUGGUCAUGCCUCUAAAAGGGACUGGUAUUGAGCUGUUGGAGGAUGGACCCAGAGAGACACACACUUUAUCACCUGAGGUGCCACAGUCCGGUCAACUGUCGACUUUCCCAUUGGCCGCUUGUAUCCUGCUAGUGCCAUUUAAAAUAACCGCUGUUAAAAGUGAAAAACUUACCGCUGUAGUCCAAACUACUCUAAUAAAAAUCUAUACAUGCUGAAAAUGGAUGACUUGAAAGUAUUUGUAGCUAACAAAAUAAUUUCUUACCAGUUUUGCAUUUAGUUAAAUUGGUCUGAUGUGCAGUUUUGAA